AUGCAUCCCUCCAGACCGUCGAGAGCCUCUUCCCUCGCUAGCGUCGACACCCACACCACAAACAACAAUGCCGCUCUGCUUGGAGCCACGCGAGCUUUUGGCAGGCCGAAACCCGCUACGAAACACCACACCGGUGAUCAUGGAGCGCUCUCUGCGGCCACGACAGCUGAGCGCGGAAGGACGAUGCCCGACCGCAGCUUCUCCAGGUCUCCACUGCCGCUGCCAGGGUCGUCGGCAGGCGGUGAUAUCAUCAAGGAGAAGGAGAAGGAGAAGUCGCCAGCGCUGGACUUGGUGAAUAUGCCACGUUUGCGUAUACCGCAGAACGAUGCUCCACCACCACACGUCAGGUCGCCCUCUCAGCAGGCCGCUGUCUUGGCUGCCACACGUGCCCAUCCGCCAGCCCCCGCACCAAAGAACGAGGUCGCACCUCCAUCUCGUGGGAAGACAUCUGCCAGGCCGGCGAUAGCGCCAAAACCUCGGAGACUGAGUGGACACCUCGGGAAGAUUGAGGAGACCAACGAUGUCAGCGACAAGCCAACGGACACAACGCCGAUCGCACCGACCACAUCACUCGUUGAUCUGUUCGAGCAAAGGUUGAAGGAGACGCAGCAAUCGGAGAAGAAGCCAGAGCCGAUAGUCGUCAAGCCGCAUGACGGGCUUUCCAUCAAGAGCCCCAAGCCAGUGAUGCCGCCCAAGUCAGGCAUCACAUCCAUGAUUCAGAUGCAAUACACGGGGAACGAAGGCGGGAGGCAAGCAGCACAAAGGUUCUCGCCUCAGAGAAUGAAGAGAGAUUCGGCAGUAUCGGACCAACAGGAUGGCAAUGUCAGCUCAGGAGAAUCUUUCGUCUCGGCUUCAGAGGAUCUGGACGCGCAGUCUCCUCGCGAAAGCCCAGCAGCUGUGAAACCUCAUUGGACCACGACGCAAAGCCCAUCGCCAGGGCAGUUAUUGCAGCAAUAUACGGGAUCAAAGCGUGUCCCUCCACCCUCGCCAUCACCUGUACGCCAAACGACCACGAAACCUAUUCAGAUUCAACCCCAGCGGAGACCUUCAACCGCACCCUCUGAAAGCAUGUCUGUGACCUCCGCCAAAUCGGCAAGAUCAAUUCCGGCGCAGUAUCACCAAGCAUAUCCCCGUGGCAUGACGCCUCAAAUGAGUGGUGAUCAACUGGCAAACGCCAUCGUUGCGUCAAGUCUCGCGUCUUCAAGGGCGCCUUCUCCAAUGCACUUGGAGCCACCACCAGUGCCUGGCCGGCACACAAAACAUCAUCACCACCACCACAAGCUGGCCUUCUCGCGCACUCCUAGUCCAGCCAAAGGUGGCAUGCUGCACACUUUGCGGAAGACCGAUGAUACAGCGUCCGACAGUGAAGAUGAUCCUCACCCUUACGCCAAGCACAAGAAGAAGCGGCUAGUGCGAAAGCAUCCCAACAAGCAUCAUGAAGGCGAUCGGAAGCGAUGGCGAGAUGCUGUUACUGACCGCGAGCGGAAACGAUAUGAGGGCGUAUGGGCAGCGAACAAGGGUCUAAACUUCUCGUUCACUCCCGAAGAACAGCAAUCUUUCUCUCGCUUGCCGGAACAUCCACGAACGGUUCAAACGAAGACAUCCGCCAACGAGGCAGUCUCAAACAUCGUAGCACGAGACAUUUGGAGCCGCUCACGCUUACCAGAACAAACAUUGGAAAUGGUCUGGGAUCUUGUGGACAACGAUGCCGUCGGUCGACUACAAAAAGACGAAUUCGUGGUUGGAAUGUGGUUGAUCGACCAACGGCUGAAAGGCCGGAAACUACCGGUCAAGGUAUCGGAAACAGUUUGGGCGAGCGUCAGAGGCAUAUCGGGGAUCAAAGUCAGGAAGUAG